AUGUUCCUGCCGUCGCCCAUGGCCGUCCGCGUCUUCCUCCAAGCGCUAUCGAUAACCUCUCUCUCGGCGCCGUUAGAGGCGCUCCAGAGGCUCCUCGAGACGCCGUGUCUACUGGACGACGACUGGCCGCAGCCGGACGUGCCCUUGCUGCUGCACCACCAUGCGCAGCUCGUACUCACCGCGAUGCCCGUGCUUCCGCCCAUAAAGCUAUACGCGCACUGCAUCGUCAAGCUCGAGCGUAGUCUGCGCCAUCUCGCCGGGUACGACGCGGACGGCUGCGCGUUCCGCACCUUUGUCACGAAAUGGGCGCACAAGAUUGCCGCCAUUGACCUCACCGACACUGCGCGCUGGGACCACACCGUGCUUUGCGAUCUGCUGCGGCAGUGCACGCAACUAGACCACAUCUCUGUCGAGUGCCGGCAGCACGAGCGGGCAGUGCUGGCAGCCAUCACAACACCGUCGCACCGCGUCCGCAGCAUCGAGUUGGUCGUGCCCGGCGACGUCGCCAACUAUGCGCCUCAAGACGCAGCGACCCAACUCCUGCCGUGGCUGCGCUCGGGCCACGCCACCCAUGUCGGCCUCAAACGCUUCCGGUCGCUGGACGAGGCCAGCGCCAGGAGCCUCGCCACCGCGCUGCUCUCGACGCCAUCGGUCGUCAGCCUCCGAGUGUACGAGUCGGGUCCAGUCACAGCGGCGCUGAUAGAGUCCGGUCUCUCGCUGGCGCACCUCACGCGGCUCGACGCGUCGGCGUACGACGUGUACCGGCUCGUGCCGCACUUGACCCUCGAGAAGGUGACGCACUUGCACGUACGCUGCGAGUGGACCCGCAACAUCGACUGGCUCGUCGCUUUGCUACCCGGGCUCACAGCGCUGGAAGACCUCGCGGUCUAUAGUGGCACCGUCACCGACUGCGAGGGCUUCUUAGCGUCGCACGCAACAGCGCUGACGACGGUGCGCUUCUACGCAAUGGAGUGGACGCGCAGUGGCCUCCUCGCCGCCCUCGACUGGAUCUCGACGUCAACGCAUCUCCAGUCCGUGUCGCUGGACGCUCUCAGCCUCGCCAAGUGCGCCGUGGAGCUCAGCAGUGCGCUGCGUCUGUGGAUUCUCGUAGGCUGUCGUCGCGUGAGCUUCUCGGACGGCGACCUCGAUGAUGGUUGCCUUGUGCACAUUGCACGCGCACUGCGCCAUGUCCGCCAUCCCACGGCGCUUCUGGUCGCGUUGGAAGGCACGCAAGUGGGUAUCGAAGGCUUCCGUCAGUGACGAGGCGCUGGCGCCACAGCGUGCCGAGAUGGACGCUCUCUUGGCCAAAUACAAGGUGACAUUUCGCGAGAGACACGAGGACUAUCAUUAUCUCCACAGUCCGCUGCAUGUGGCACAAGGUUCUUCUUGAAUAGUAUACAUCCA